AUGGAACCAGUCAAGGUCUCUCCCCGUCCUGCUGAGUCAGCCGCCAAGCCGAAGGCUCCCGAACAAACGUCGAACUUCCAACAUCGGCUUCAAUCAGCACUUGCUCUCCUCGCAGAAACCCACCUACCUCCAACCCCCCUCAUCUACCACCCCGCCGCGAUGAUGUCCCAGACUCUCAGAGCGUCGCGCUCUCUCUUCACCCGCGUCUCUCGGCAACAGGUUUCUGUUUCUCGCCGCACUUUCCUGACCUCGGCUGUCCGUCAGGCCGACCCUGUCCAGGAGCUCUACCUCCGCGAACUCCGUGCCUACAAGCCCACCCCCGUCAAGCCCGGUGACGCCGACGCUCAUGUCCAGAAGUUCGCUCCUCCCGCCGCUCCCCAGUCCCCCGAGGAGGCCAACCUCGCCAAUGAGCUGAAGUCCUACGAGAGCCAGGAGGUCGAGGUUGAGGGCCAGGCCGCCGCCGGUGAGGCCGCUCCCGUUGAGGAGAGCUGGUUCGAGGAGGAACCGGAGGAGGAGGCCCACGCUGCUCACUAG